ACCACGGAAAGGAGGGGGUGUAAAUGUGAACUGUAUCCUGAGUUGCAGUCCUGUCCCUGCAUUCCUCUCAUCAAGGAUUUGCUUGAAAGAAAUAAUGAUAAUAAUAAAAAAUCAUAAAUAAUAACACGAACAGAGACUGGAAUACGGCGGAAAUCCACCGGAUUGCUUACGGACUACCACUUUAAAGGCUGAUUAUGUUGUUUGCAGACCAUCGCUCAGUCACUGGGGUGUUUCUGGUGUGGACGGAUACAGCUUAAUAAAGGAGUAUACACACAUGAGAAGAAAAAUAAACAGAUACGCCGCUUUAAAUGGGCUUUAAAAACAGGAAAACAAGAUGGCUGGUGACAGUUAAAGAUAACCAGGGCAACACGCUGUUGUCCCCUUUAAGAACAAGAACUGUAUCUGUCUAAAAUACAUAAAUAUUUCAGCGAGAUAGCUUGAACAAAUAACGCCUGACGUUACGCUGUGGGGUUUUUUUGUUGUUGUUUUUUUUAAGUGAAAUGAUCGCGAGACGCCGCUUUCAGCUGCGAGCAGGACACGCACUGUAUGAAACGUCUCAUACUGGAGAGCUUGGACUCCGGGUUGGUUUCUUGUAGAAGCCAUGGCAGGUUUUCAGUAACAUGCCAGUCACGAUCCGAUUACAACAUCCACAGCCCUGAUUUCUGGCUCAGCUGUGGAAUUUGAUUGCUGACAACUUGAAACGGGGCGGAAGAGGCGCUCCCUGGACCGUUCAUGGAGACUUAUCAACAGCUGUCUAUGCAGACUUGUAUGCCUGUGUGGACAAGCAGAGUCACACGCUUAUUUUAACAAGAGGGCCACGAGAAUGACUGAAGCGGCACGUCGAUUUACUGGCGACUUAUUUUAAACCGUUUAAUAGGCUCUAACUUUAAAACUGGCCUGCAUGUCUUCUGCCCAAGCAGCUGAGAUGGCCGAGGCCUGGAAGAACUGUUUCGAGGAGGAACUCAUCUGCCCCAUAUGUCUGCAUGUGUUCGUGGACCCCGUACAGCUGCCGUGUAAGCACAACUUCUGCCACAGCUGCAUCAGCGAGGCCUGGGCCAAAGACGUGGGCAUUCUGCGGUGUCCGGAGUGCAAUCAGCCGUACAAACAGAAGCCCAGCCUCGACAAGAACAUCAAGCUAAUCAAUAUCGUGGAGAAGUUCAACGCCCUGAACACGGAGAAAGAACCGGCCGUACUGCAAUGCAUCCUGUGCAGACGGGGACCCGCGCUUCCUGCGCUGAAAGUUUGCCUGCGGUGCAACGCGCCCUGUUGCCAAUCGCACAUUCAAACACACCUUCAGCAACCUUCUUCAAAUGCCGGGCAUCUGCUAGUAGAUGUUGAAGACGUGCGGGCCUGGAGCUGCCCACAGCAUGAUGAAUACAGACUGUAUCACUGCGAGACCGAGCAGGUGGCCGUGUGUCGUUACUGCUGCUUCUCCAGAUGUGCAGUCGGCCAUGGACAUGGCGUCUGCGACGUGGAACUGCGUCAGAAUGAUAUAAGGCACAUGUUGAUGAAGCAGCAGGAUCGUAUCGAUGACCGAGUGCAGGACAUCGAAGAGCUGUUGUACAAGCUGGAGUCAGACAAACGGCAGGUGGAGGAUAAAGUGGAUCAGUUGAAACAAGAGGUGCGCCUGCAAUAUCAGAAAAUGCAACAGCUCCUGGAAGAGGACCUGGGGAAGGCUCUGAAUGUGCUGGAGAAGUCACGAUCGAAGUUCUGCCAGGAAAACUCCAGACAGGUCCUGCAACUCAAUGAGCGGCGCCAGGAGGCCAAGAAGAUGCUCAGCUCUGUCCAGCUCUUAUUUGACAAGGCAGAGAAUAUCAACUUCAUGAAGAACACAAAACCUGUAAAAGUCAUCCUGGAUAGAUCUCAGACAUCUAUAGACAGUGCACUACCUCCCUACAAUGCAGGUCACCUUAACUCUAAAGUCUUUCUCGCUGAGAUUUCUAAAAAGGAGAAGAACCUACGCAAAAUGCUGGAAGCACCCUUCGCCGCUCCUGCGCACUUUUUCCAGAGUGUUCCUGUCUACCAAUGCAGAGUGAGCAGCUCAGGAUCAGAAAAGCGCAAGCACUCGACUGCAUUUCCUGAGAGCAGCGCAAACUUCAUGGAAUCCUCGUCAGGUCCUGUGAACAAGCAGCAGUUCCUGGCUCCAAGUACCAGCGCCGAUGAAGGGCCAUCUGUGGCCUCCUGCAGCACUGCUCGGCACAUUGUGAGCCUCAACAGCGGCGGCACAGAAGUGAGCGAUGCUCAGCCUCUCCAUCAUUCCAGCUCAGUGUUCAGUCCCGCCCAUUACCCUAACGCUGGCUCCACCCAGCAGGCAAUGCUGCCACAAUACAAUGGCCGUAAGAUCCUCAUGUGUACAGUGGACAACUGCUACUGCUCCAGCAUGCCCUCUGUGUCCGGACAUCAUGGCCACCCAUCCUAUCCACGCUCACCCUCUUUUGCCUGGGCGCAGGAGUUCUCGCACCCAAUGCCCCCCCCUGCUCCCUCCAUGUCCCAGCCAAUGCAGAACAUCUCAGUGCGUGGCAAUUGGAUUGGCACCUCACAGAGCCACAGGCACCCCGACUUCUACAGCCUCUAUGGAGAACCUUCUACUAAACACUAUGUCACCAGUUAACCAUCCUUUUUCCAUUCCUCCUUUCUUUCUCUUGCUUCUUUUCCUUUUGCUUUCUCUGUCUUUAUUGUGUCUCAAGUACAACCACCAUUGCAUUCAAAUGGCACUUUUUCUCAUUUUCUUUUAAUUAAGGUAAGCCCUGUAGCCCUCCCAACCACAUAUCUUCCUUCUCAAGUCUAUAAAAUCCCAGUAUGCCACUGUGCAGUCUUUUUUUUUUUUUUUUUUUUUUUUUUUUUUUAAAAAAGGGAAUUUGUGGCUGUGUGUUUAAAAUUGAAAACAUGCUUGGGAUAACUGCAGAUGCUGCUGACCUGGAGCAAAUGAUGUUAGACUUUGCACAGGGCCAGCUUCACGGCUUUCCUCCGCCCGAUCUUCCAGCCUUUAGGGUGUCUGUGGAGGAGGAGGAGGCAUCUUUAUAUCAUAAAUUUGGUCUGUUCUUCACUAUGUAACUGGGGGAAACAACUCAUUUGUUGCAUCUAUAUGAUGCCUAAACUUCAUUUUAUUUCUGUUAACAGAAAUGGUUGGUAGGAAAAAAAAAAGGGUAGCUGGUUAUUAUAGGAAAUAUGGGUAAAAAGAUUAAGAAUGCAGUUGUCUUCAUUACUCACUUCAAUCACACCAUGUCUGUCUAAACCAUGUGUAACGUAGGGUGAGCUGGGAUUGUUCUUAUGUAAAUGCCUAAAAGGCAACAGGAUCUAGAAUCAUGUUUACAAUUACAUUUUAGUAUUUUUAUGAUUUGACUGGCGGUAGAAAGAUGUCUUAAUUCUGUUUAGGAAGAAUCACCCCGAAGGAAUCAAACUCGAAUACCAGUUAUAAUCCUGGACGGCUCCAGGAGCACCUCUCACAUGUUGCGUGUCUUUCCUGGACUUCUCUGAAACAAGAAAUAUAAAUCUUUCCUCUGCUUUCUGUUGGGUAUGGUAACUUCCUGAAUCAAAGCACAUGAAAGGCAUGUUCAAUGACGAUCAGCAAACACACUCAAUAUUCAAUCUUGGAUCACUUAUAUAGAUGUGGUAUCCUGCCUCUUUAAAAAAAUUUGUCAGCUCCAGUGGAACCCAGUGGGUUUGUGUGAUCACUGCACAGUUGCUGAUUGUCAGGAACAUGCUGAAAAUCUCUUGACUUCCUGUUUGGGACUUUGAGCAGUCCAAAAAGAUUUUUCCAUGAACUCCAAGGGUCUAUGCUGAGCCUGAAUAGAAAACCGUUAUUGACAUUUUUUCCACAUAUUUUUUACAAGAAAACAAUGGACUACUGAACCUCUAUAAUUUGCUUCAUUGUGCUUCAAAAGAGUAUUAAAUGUUGGUUUUAAAACACA